AAGAGAGGACAGAAGAGACCCACAAACGAGGGGGCGGCGUCGGGGUCCCCCCGUUGCCCUCAUCAGCACAAUAAUAAUCGGGGUUGAGCUUGGGUUUGGCGCGGCGCAUGCUGGGAGCGCGGCCCAGGAGGCCCGAGGGGGCGGCCGCGGUGCCUUGUGGGUAAAGAGAGGCUGAGGCGGCGGCGCGGGCGCUAGGCCUCUGGCGCGGUGCCUUGUGGGAAGGCCCGGCCCAAGGGAGCCAGGCGCUGGGCCAAGGAGGAGGGUCGGGGCCCAGGCCCCCGAGGGAGAGAGGGAGGCAGGCUCCUCGCCAUGGGAGACUCGGGACGCGCCGGAGCAGUAGUUGUUAAAGAAGAAGCACUUUGUUCAGGCGGGGGGAUCAGUUGGGGGGCAGGACUUUUCCCCUUCAGUUCCUAUAUUGGGAGAAAGGUGGCAUACUGCCGGAGUCCUGACAGCUCUUCCCUGAGCUCCUCUCCCCCCCUGAGGGGCACCGGGACGUCCCCGCCGCCUGAGCCCUCAGCUCCCUUGCACCCUUCCAUGAUCGGGUCGGCCAUGACCACCUCCAUCGGAGGGCUGGGCUCACCCUUCCCGGUCAUCAGUUCCUCCAUGGGAUCCCCCGGCCUCCCUGCGACACCCUCCAUCGGAUACGGUCCUGUCAGUAGCCCUCAGAUCAACUCCACAGUCAACCUCUCUGGCCUCCACUCGGUCAGCAGCUCGGAUGACGUGAAGCCCCCACUGGGCAUGAGGGUGGUGCCCAGCCACCCCCACGGAGGUUUGAUGCCAGGGAAACGCCUCUGCGCCAUCUGCGGAGACCGGUCGUCAGGGAAGCACUACGGGGUGUACAGCUGCGAGGGCUGCAAGGGCUUCUUCAAGCGCACCAUCCGGAAGGACCUGACCUACACCUGCCGCGACAACAAGGACUGCAUCGUGGACAAGCGCCAGCGCAACCGCUGCCAGUACUGCCGCUACCAGAAAUGCCUGGCCACCGGCAUGAAGCGCGAAGCGGUGCAAGAGGAGCGCCAGCGCGGCAAGGACAAAGAAGGGGAGGGGGACCUGGUUGGGGGCGGUGCCAAUGAAGACAUGCCUGUGGAGAAGAUCCUGGAAGCCGAGCUGGCCGUCGAGCAGAAGUCGGACCAAAGCGUUGACGGAUCCGGCACGGGGGGCAGCUCGGUGAGUUGGCGGGGGGCAGCGGGAUCGGGACGCUCGCCCCAGACGUUUGACACCAGCGAGCCCAACGACCCCGUGACCAACAUCUGCCAGGCAGCCGACAAGCAGCUCUUCACGCUGGUGGAGUGGGCCAAGCGCAUCCCCCAUUUCUCCGAACUGCCCCUCGACGACCAGGUCAUCCUAUUGCGGGCAGGUUGGAACGAGCUGCUGAUCGCCUCCUUCUCGCACCGCUCCAUUUCAGUGAAAGACGGGAUUCUGCUGGCCACAGGCCUCCAUGUCCACCGCAACAGUGCUCACAGCGCCGGCGUGGGAGCCAUCUUUGACAGGGUGCUGACCGAACUGGUGUCCAAGAUGCGCGACAUGCGGAUGGACAAGACGGAGCUGGGGUGCCUCCGAGCCAUUAUCCUCUUCAACCCAGACGCCAAGGGGCUCUCCAACCCGGGUGAGGUGGAGCUCCUGCGAGAGAAGGUCUACGCCUCUCUGGAGUCCUACUGCAAACAGAAGUACCCUGAACAGCAGGGCAGGUUUGCAAAGCUCCUGCUCCGCCUGCCAGCCCUGCGUUCGAUUGGCCUAAAGUGCCUGGAGCACCUCUUCUUCUUCAAGCUGAUUGGGGACACCCCCAUCGACACCUUCCUGAUGGAGAUGCUGGAAGCCCCCCACCAGAUGUCCUGACCGGACCCCCGAAGGAGACAACACUCCAGGGAGGAGAAGGAGCAAAGACCAAGGGGGAAGGCCCUUCAUGGACAGCGGCGCAUAGACACUCUGCGCCAGACCCUGGCACCCACACAUCCUGGACCCUCCUCGCCCUCUUCCUCGUGACACUGCAGCCCUCCAAACCCCCCAUGCAUCCCUCUUUCUGCCAUGCCUGGAUUUUAGGGGCACUCUUUGGAGCAGGGAUUGGGGGGGGGGGGAACGUGUGCUUUGGAUUAGCCUUCCUUCCCCAAAUUUUGGGGAGCGGCGGGGCGGGAGGCUCUUCCUCAGGUCCCCCAACCCAUACGUGGCCAGAGCCGCCCGCAGCCAUGGACACUGCUCAGAAUCAGGUUUAAAGUCAAGGUACUCCACGAUUAAUAGGGCUGCUGUGGCUCCCUUAGCGGGGGGCACUGUCACCCCUCUAUGCUUUUGGGGGGUUGAGGUGGAGGUCCUGUCCCAAAAAAAUCCUUCUUUCUUUUGACCUCUUUUAACAUCCUUUUCUUUUUUGGACUCUGAAGACGUGAGUAGUUGGGGUUAAUUUCUUAGUGUUGGGGUGCAGUGGGGGGGCUCUGUAUCCCCCCAUGGCACGACAGACCCCUCCCACAAUAAUAGGAUUAUUUGUUUUAAUCACUACCCCCCUGCAUUUAAAUCCCUGGGGACAGGAAAGGGGGGGCACCCUCACAUUUGUAUUUUCUUUUAGCCUCAGUAACGGUUAUCCAGUGGUUCCGGUUAGGUUUAUUUUCUUCCCCCCCCCCCAAAAAAAAAUGUCCCCAAGGACUGAACAAACGCCUUCUCUCACCCCCAAGUCUAUCCAGGACUGAAUUUCUCACCCCCCUGUACCCCCCAAAAAGAGAAAUACUGGUUUAUCUGCACUUUGGCCCUCAUCUAUGCAAGGAGGGGUGGAAUUUGGGGUGGGAGGGAGGGAAAAGGGGGUGGGUUGGCUUGGGGUUGGGUUGUCCCCCACUUUCCUCCCACUCUUCUGGGGGGGUUGCAAGCACUCCCCAGCCCCUAAGUGUAAAGAUUUGACUCUCCCCCUCCUUCCUCUUAAGUCUUGGGGCCUUGGAUUGUGUGGGAGAGGAAUCAGACAUUUGGGGGUGUCAGCGAUGCAUUGUUUAGGAGAGCACAUGCCAUUUUUGCUCCCUUGCUUUCCCUUAAUGGGCCGAGGGCAUGCUCCUCAGUGCCCCCAUUAUACAUGUCAGAUCAUAACCCUUCACCCCACCCCCCAGUAUUCCCAGUUUCCAAAGGAGGGACUGAAAGUGGUGUGUGUUUUUGAUUUUGGGGGGAAGGAAACAGGGAGCCCCUUCCAUGCACGUUGCUCUCUUUCUAAACCAUCAUCCCCCCCCCACUCCCCAUUUUGCCCCAGCAUGCCUGGCUUCAUUCAUUCUCCCCACCACCACCAAAAAAAACCCUCACAAAUUUAUUUCCGUUCUGUUAGUCCGUCUCUUCUGCGCACCCUCUCCCCUGGAUAAACCACGUUUUUUAUUUUGGGGAAGCAUAUUGAUUUAAUAAAAAGCUGCUCUUUCCAGAGGCCCCCCCCCCAAUCACUCCUGUUCCUGCUUUCCCUUUUUGUUGGGGGAAUGAUUCCCCCCAAUUUCCCCCAAGAUUUAGCUGAGCCUCUGCAAAAUCAGCUGUGGUGUCUCUGGGUGCGUGCAGAGUGCCAGGCUUGAUUUGAACCCAGGACUGGCCAAUUUUUUAAAUGCACUUGAGGAUGUUAAAUUGGGGGGGGGGGGGUUAAUUUCUGUUUUAAGACUCCCUCCCCUAGAAAUGGUUGUCUCUGUCUUUAUGAAUUUCCUCCUCUGGCCACAAGAGGGUGCCAUUGCCUCAUCUAUAGAGCCAGAUUUUGGGGGCUCACUUUCAGAUCUCUAUAAUUUUACUCUCCACCCCUCUUUUAAACACUAUGCCCCCCAAGCCCCCCAAAAUAGUCCUGAUGGCCAAGCCAUCUCUCCGCAAGACACGGUUGGCCCCAGAGACCCCCAAAUCCCAACGGGCUCCAUCUUGUUGUACUUUUUCUUCCGUGGGGUGGGCGAGUGGGGGCCAUCUGUGCCACCCCAAAACUUCGGAAGAAUAAAACUUUAAAAUAUC